GGCCACGUGACUCUUUAAUGUUUUUAUUUUCAACAAAAUCACCCUAAGCUUGCAGAGCUUGAAAAAACAAGAGCUUCGAACUUCGUUGCAGACAGCGUAAUGUUGAAAUAUUUCUUACAUUGUCCGUGAGUUGGAAAAGCUUUGCGACGAGGAAAGAAAAAAAGCAUUCAUAUUUUUUGAUUAUAUCAUUUUAAAACAAAACGUUUGCUUGCAAAAUGUCGUACGUCUUCUCCAAAGCGUUAACCGAAACGUCCGAAGAAAAAGAGCGUCGAAAAAGUGUGCCUCCGAAGUGGACGGUACCGCACGUGCCUCAUCAUAGAAUGCCACCGCCAGUUGCAGCAAAACCGAAAUCCGGUGGUAAUCAUGACGGAUCAGGACAAAGUCAUGCGUCAAACAAUGUGGAACCUAUUCAGCGUAAAAAAUCACUGCCAGUCAGAUCGGCUUCCGUCGAUGAAGAAUUUGGUACGGGACCAAAGAUGGGAGGUGCAUUUGCCAGGCUUCAGGCUUCUGUUCAAAGCGGCGAAGAACACAAAGGUGGUUUGUAUACAAGCGCAUACGAAGCUUAUCGUAUAAAACGCUCGUUGAAAGAGCACGGCGUGCUACCAGCAGAUCUACGUGGUAACCAACAGUUACGGAAAUAUAGUCUUGAUAAAGAGUUACCACCUGUUGUUUUACCGAAACCACGCAGACCAUCCGCAGAAGGUAAAAGAGAUGCUUUUGCAAGGAAUCGUUCUCUUACGACACCUACAAGUCCCAAAGCUGACUUCUUUGCAGAUGAACGAAAGAAGAGUGACGAUGUUUUUAGUGAAGCUGCUCCAAUUCCUGAGCAGGUAUCUACUGUUGAUACACCGGUGCCAAGCAAUGCGACUACACCAGUUCCAAGUGAUAAAGCUGCCUCUCCUGUUGUCUCUGAAAACACGGCAGGAGCUGCCAGUUCUACAACUAUGGCUGAAGGUAGUCAUUCCUCCGCAAAUGCUGCAGCUAACGAACCUGUCAAAGAUUCCGUUGCUACCAAACCUACCAAGGAUGCUGUCGCUACAGAGCCUAUAAAUGACUCUGUUGCUGCCGAACCUACCAAGGAUGCUGUCGCUACAGAGCCUAUUAAUGACACUGUUGCUGCCGAACUUACCAAGGAUAAUGUUGCUAUCGAGCCUACAAUAGAUGCUGUUGCUACCGAGCCUACAAAGGAUACUGUUGCUAUCGAGCCUAUCAUAGAUGCUGUUGUUACUGAGCCUACCGAGCCUACCAAUGACACUGUUUCUUCUGAACCUACCAAGGAUGGUGUUGCGUCUCUACCAUCCCAAGACACUGAUGAAGGUGUACCUAUAACAACCCAAAGCGAUGUACCAGAAAAAUUAGAACUAGAAAUGCCUGUUCUUCGCGACCCUGCUAUCAUUCCUUCCUUUCCCGAUUUAGAAGAGAUAAAAAACAGUGAACAAACGAGUGACGUUAUGGAAAUGAAACAGGAAAUUGCGAAAGAAAGAUCGAAAAUUAAAGAAGGUAAAAGACAUUUAAGUGACACUAUUGACGAACUGGAAAGUAUGAAUUUUGAUUUUAGUGCUGAUAACAAAGAAGUUGGGAAUGAAGCGGUUUUCCAGGAAAGCAAGGAGGAAGAGAAGAAAGAUGUGACCACGAUUGAAUCAGAAGUUAUCCUAGAAAGUAAAGAAAAAGGUGCCGAGAAUGAUGUAGAGUCGAACAGUGAUGACAAAAACGAAGAUAAGAAAUCAAGCGAACUAGAACUCAGUGCAGAAGCUAAUGUUGCCCAUGGACAACCUGAGGAGAAUAAAGCUUUAAAGUCAGAUGCAAGUCUUAAAGACGAUAGCCAAACCAUUUCAGAAAAUAAUGUAGAAACCUGUUCUUCUGAGUUAACCGUUGAGAAGGAGUCUUCGGACAUUCCCGAGUGCAAAACAACAGUAGAUGCUCCAGAAGUUACUAGCACACCCUCUUCUAUUCCAACUCCUAUAAAAACAGACGAUAACGAUGAUUCAUCCAAAUUACAAGAGGACAAAACCGAUUUACUUGCUUCUCCUGAAAAGCAAGUGGAUUUAGCACUAGAGCCAGUAAGAGAUGGUACAAUUUCAGAAGAACCGUCAAAAUCUGAAAAUGAUCAGAUCCAAAAAAAUGAACCAGUUCAAGAGAAGGAUGCUACUCUAUAUCCAAGCUCAAAAGAUGAUGUAAAUGCAGGACCUGAUAAAGCCAGUUUUGAAUCUGGUACUAUUAAUGAAACACUGCCAAAUGGAGGUGACGUACCGACUGACGAAAAACAAAUCGCACAAAGUCAAACUUUGACUACAGAAAGUUCGAAUGUUAUGGAACAGAUAGAAAGUAAUGACAAUGUUGUAGCUGUGGCUCAAAAUACGGAGGAGACUAUCAAAGAAGAACCUAACAAGCCUGUUCAAACAGACCUAAAUGACAAUAAGGGUACAGUCGAAAUAAAAGAGUCAACACCAGAGCCAACAGUGACCAAGGAGGAAACAGUUUCAGAAAAGACAUGUACAAGUAUUGAUCCGAACGACAAGGCUAGUGAACCAUUAGAUACUGCAUGCAUUGCUACUGAUAAACAGGAAGAAGUGAAUAAUAACGCUAUUCCUUCUUUUGAUACGGCUCUGUAGAGAUUUCUUACCUUCUUUUAAAUUUUAAGAGAUGUAAUGAUGGACGCGAAUAAAUAACGUCCCUCAUUUAAUAGAGGAAAAUGCAGGGGGUUAGAGCAGAAAAAUAUAAAUCCAAUAGAAUUGAUUUGUUAACAUUGAUUAUUAAAAAGAAAUUUAUUUUUGUGAAUACAAAUGGAAAUCUUACCACUCAA